AUGAAAGGGGGGAAGAAGAAAACCGAGCUUCCGCAGGCCCCGCGGCCUAAUGACAAAGACAAUAACGUCGAUGGAGCUGGUGAUGGCGGCGGUGCGUAUUGUGGUGAUGCUGGUGGUGUUACUGUUGUGGAAGGUGUGGGUUCUGAAGGUGUAGUUGUGAACGAGGAGGAGACGGCGCUGGCCACGACGGAAGAGGAUAAUGAAGAGGAGGAGGAGGAGGAGGAGGAGGAGGAGGGAGAAGAGGAAGGAGUCGGCAAGGAGGAUGGAGAGGUAGGAGCUGAGGGAGAGCGGCCCAAACUGGAUGAAGGUUUUUACGAGAUUGAAGACGUUAGGAGCAAAAGGGUUCGCAAGGGGCAAGUUCAAUAUCUUAUCAAAUGGCGUGGCUGGCCAGAGGCAGCCAAUACCUGGGAACCCUAUGAAAACCUACAAUCCUGUUACGACGUCAUUGAAGCAUUUGAAGAGAGCCGCCGAGCAGGCAAGAAUAGAUGGUCCCGCUCUUCCCGGAAACGUAAGCGCAAGUCUGGAACUCCUCACUCUCAACCCAAGAGGAAGCAGCGUUCCACCCCAAAUUCAUCUAGUGUGAAGCUCACGGAAGCAGUUGAUGUUCUGCCUUCUCCAACUCCUGACAACCUAAGCCUCGCCAAUCUUUCUCCUCCUGACAGAAUUGAAGCAGGCAAUGCAACUGAGGGCAAGACAUGUUGGGAUACAGAUAACAAGCAUGAAGACAUCAACAAUGAAAAGCCCACACAGCAACCAAAUGAUAACGGGUCUGUAAAUGUGUCACUGGAACCAGUACUAAAUACAGAAGCAGAUGGAGCUGAUCCUAAACUGAGUGAGCUCAAGCGGAUCUCUUCUGAUGAAGUAAAUAAUGGCAAGUUUACCAUACAUAUCCCUGAUGCUAGGACUACUGAAGAUGAGCUUUCAAAGGCUGAAGAUAUGGACCCAGAUCAGAACAGUCGCUUUACUGGGGCCAAAAGGAGGAAGACUGGAUCUGUGAAAAGAUUCAAACAGGAAUCAGUCUCUUCUGAACCUGGCAGGGUCCAAAAUUCAACUACAUUAUGCGGCAUCAUAUCUUCUGGUAGAGUUCAACCGCAUGGGAUGGCAGAUGCUGGGACCAUGGGGGAGGACACAGGUGAUAAGACUAAGUUGGAUUAUUUCACAAAUUCAUCUACUAUUGCUAAGAUCAUCAAGGUAGUCAGUUAUUCAGCUUCUAUAUCAAACAAUGUUCAAGAUGCAUCAGUAAACUUUUUGGUUUUGAGGUAUGUAACUUAUGCCAACUUAUUUUUCUUUGUGAAGUCUUGAUUGCAUUUUAAAUGGAUGACAAUCUCUCCCCCAUUCAAUGCCAUUUAAUAAACAACAGAUUCUUGUGAGGGUUCAAUU